CUUUGCCAUUCGUGUAGUUGUGUUGGUUGUCUGUUGUGAGAAAUCUCGAGAAAGAGUUUUACUACGGUUUCAUUACUUUUAAAUUCGAAAUUCGCGCGUGAACGAAUUUGUGCAUUAUCGCGUGGCCGUGUUUACGUCCAACAGAACCGCUAAUUUUGAAAAACAAACCGCGAAAAUUUUAAUUUUUCUCCGAAAAUCCGCGGAAAUCUUCGAAAUGCGCCCGUUUCUUGCUUGUUCCAGUCUCGCCAGACAUGUUUUCAGAGGUUUCACCACUACUAACGCAAUGGCGGCUCAAAAGAUCCAAGGAGGAGACAUCGUCGAGAUGCAAGGAGACGAGAUGACCAGAAUCAUCUGGGAUCUGAUCAAGGAGAAGCUCAUCCUUCCUUACGUCGAUCUCAACGUACACUUCUUCGAUCUCGGUAUUGAGCAUCGUGAUGCCACCGAUGAUCAAGUCACUAUCGAUGCCGCCAACGCGACCCUCAAGUACAAUGUUGCUGUUAAGUGUGCCACCAUCACUCCAGAUGAGGCUCGUGUCGAGGAGUUCAAGCUCAAGAAAAUGUGGAAGUCACCAAACGGAACUAUCCGUAACAUUCUUGGAGGAACAGUCUUCCGUGAGCCAAUUAUUGUCAAGAACGUACCACGCCUUGUCAACACCUGGUCGAAGCCAAUCAUCAUUGGACGUCACGCUCAUGCUGAUCAAUACAAGGCCACCGACUUUGUUGUUCCAGGAGCUGGAAAGCUCGAAAUCAAGUUCGUUUCUGCUGAUGGUACCCAGACCAUUCAGGAGACCGUCUUCGACUUCAAAGGUCCAGGAGUCUCCCUCUCAAUGUACAAUACCGAUGAUUCUAUCCGGGAUUUCGCUCAUGCAUCCUUCAAGUAUGCUCUUCAACGUAAAUUCCCACUUUACCUAUCCACCAAGAACACUAUCCUGAAGAAGUACGAUGGACGUUUCAAGGAUAUCUUUGCUGAGAUCUACCCAGAAUAUGAGGCUGAAUUCAAGGCCGCCGGAAUCUGGUACGAACAUCGUCUUAUCGAUGACAUGGUUGCUCAAGCCAUGAAGAGCGAUGGAGGAUUCGUGUGGGCCUGCAAGAACUAUGACGGAGAUGUUCAAUCAGACUCUGUUGCUCAAGGAUAUGGAUCCCUCGGAUUGAUGACAUCUGUGCUUGUGUGCCCAGAUGGAAAGACCGUCGAAGCUGAAGCUGCUCACGGAACUGUCACUCGUCAUUACAGAAUGCACCAAAAGGGACAAGAAACCUCCACGAAUCCAAUUGCCUCCAUCUUCGCUUGGUCUCGUGGAUUGGCUCACCGUGCCACUCUCGACAAGAACUCUGCCCUUGAGACAUUCGCCAAUAAUUUGGAAGCUGUGUGCAUUGAGACAAUGGAGGCUGGAUUCCUCACCAAGGAUCUUGCCAUUUGCGUGAAGGGAGGAAAUGCUUCAGCUGUCACUCGUACCGACUACCUCAACACCUUUGAAUUCCUCGACAAAUUGGCUGAGAACCUCGCCAAGAAGCAAGCCCAUUAAGUACUUUCUCAUUCCCAAUCUAAAAAUCUCGCUUAUUAACUUUUUCUGUGAUAUUUCGAUUGCUUCUCGUCACUGUAUUAUGUAUGAUUUUGCGCUCUUAUUGCAUGGAUUUUCACUUGAAAAGUUCAACGAAACCAAUUUGCAUUUCACAAUUUAAAAUAAAUAUUCAAAAAAUAAAUUGAAAA